AUGGAGCUGCUGAUAUUCUCCCCAAGCGAUGACGGUGAAGAAACGGAUGUGCUGGAGUACGCACACGAUGCCAGCGAGCCAGAGAAUGAGGACAUGCUGAGCGCGACUGUUUCGCUCGGUAUGACCGCAGGUCGAGUGAGGAACAUGCUGCUUUUUAAGUGUCUGAGAGAUCCUGUCAUGCUCGCACUGGUGCCAGAAACGAAGAAAAUGGAAAACAGGACAGUCUAUUUGAAGCGACUGGCGGGGGAUGGAUGGGAGAUCAGUAAAUUCGUGGCAUUAACAACUGGACAGCGGGAAAGUUAUGUCAAAGUCGAGUUGAAUUUUGUCGAGUCGAUGAAACGAAUGGGGCAGACAUGA